UGUAACCUGUACGCUCCGUUUUCCCUACGAAGGGGUUAGCAAGCUGAACAAUGAGGACAACAAUGGUCCAUGUUUUCAACCAAUACUCACACUUCCUAACCUUCGUGUCAUCUUUUGACAUAAAGUAGGUGACCCUGACCUUUCACAUGGGCUGUGUACAUUUUCCACCCACUCAAAAACAAUUUCUUAUCCUCUUCCCACAAAACCCCUGAAGCCAUCCGAAGAAAAACUCAGCACAGCCCACGAUAAGACUGCUGUCUAAAGAUGCCACGGGCCGUUAAUUUAUAUUGCUUUAAAAUCCAAACUUCCUGGGAGAAAAAAAAUUAGGAACCCAAGUCAGGAAAUCCCAGCAUUCUGAUAGCUUUAUCCUUCACCCCUUUCUCUGUUGGUGAGCGUAUUCAGUUUAUUUUUUUAUCUUGUUUUACAGUGAUUUGUAUAUAUGUAUGGGAGGGCCCAAUAGCACUUAUGCAAAGCUGGGAUUGCUAAUUCAAGUACCUUUGAGUGAACAAAAUCAGGCCACCAUAGAAGGUCAUUUGUAUAGAAUAUGCUACUCAGGUCAUUUCUAGUGCAGGUUAGCGUCAAGGAGGAGCAGUUUUUCAUGUGUUUAUUUCCAUUGGUGGGCAGUCAAUUUCAGCAGGAUUAAAGGCAAGGAAAAUUAAAUGAUAUGAUGUUUGUUGGGUUGAGUUGGUAUUGAUUAUUAGGAGAUAUUAGUAGUAAUAUUUUAAGUUGGCCAGGGGAUUUUUUUAUAAGGGGGUAGAUAUGGAUCUCAGUAUGAGCAGGGAUAUACAAGUGUCAAUGCCAAUGCCAACGAAUUAUCACCACCAGCAGCAUAUUCAGGAAUCUGCAAGGAUUCAACAGAUUUAUAGCAAAGGUGGAAGCUUUGCUGGAGUUGUGGAGGGAAUGAGUCCACCCGAGGAUCUGAGGUCUCAGGUUCAAGCCAUGAGGCCUCCUCCUCAACCUCUUUCUCAUCACGUUCAUGAAACAGUGACACCCACAACAAGGCCUCUUCCUCCUCCCGUCCUCGAGGACAUGAGGAGUGCCCAACAUCAGGUUAAUCAAGGGAGGCAAUACCCACAACAUGAAACCAACAGGAACAAUAAUAAUAAUAUUAAUAAUGCAGAUGGUAUCAUGCUCAAUAAGCCUGUUAAGUACAGAGAGUGCAGAAAGAAUCAUGCCGCAAGCAUUGGAGGGUAUGCAGUUGAUGGUUGUGGAGAGUUCAUGCCUAGCGGCGAGGAAGGGACUUCUGCAGCUUUGAAAUGCGCAGCUUGCAGUUGCCAUAGGAAUUUUCACAGGAGGGAAGUUGAAGGGGAACCAAGGUGUGAUUGCCAUCACACACGCAGGUGAAGGAUUUUUAGGGUUUCUAGGGUUAGGGUUUAAGACAGGAAGAAGAUGGUAUUUGCAAGAAGAAGGAGAAGAAGCAUUGGUUUGUUUUAUUUGUACUCGAGGCAUUUGGAUUUUGAGAUUUUAGUAAUUGUUUAUUGAGAAAACUUAGGUAUGUUUUCAGAAGAAACUAGGGCAGUCAUUCAACUGGGAUCUUUUAUGGUUUGUGCGUGUAAGUUCUUCCCUUUUGGGUGUGGAUGCAUUGUGGUUGAUAGGACUUUGCAUGAAUGCAUUCUGGGUAUUAAGAUUUUAUAUGGAUGGAUGUGUAUAUCCGUGUUUCUUAUAUUACAUGGUUAAGUUAUUUGCAUUGCUGCACUGGGAGAAAUAAAAUAUAACUGCAGAAGUCGCUACUUGAAUUGUGAA